CGUCCUUCCUUCCGCCCAUCCGUCACUCUCUCUCUCAUCACCCCGUGCCACGAUAGCCUUUGCUUCACGCACGCAUGUCUGACAACACCAACGGCGUCCCCGCAGCUCCAGGUCAGGGCAGUGGGCCGAGUGGGGAGAAUGUUGGCGGUGGAGGCGCUGGUUUGGAUUCAUCUGCGCGUCUCGACGCGCCACGCGACGUGCUGCAUCCAUCAACUACUUCUUCCUCAUCGUCCACCAUCGUAGACUCUACAUCCAAGCCUACGAUGCCUAGCGUGGCAGAACAGACACCGAGCAUCAACAUCAGUGCACAAGACUCUACGGCCGAUGCAGCAGCAGCACGAGCAGCGGUGCAAGACCCAUUGCCAACGGCUUCAGACAAUCUUGCCACUUCAACGCGACCCGUCAUUCAGCCUCCUACCAGCGACAUGCGAUCCGACGUCGCAUCCGCGCCAGUCGAUGCUGCAGCACCACCCAUCAAUGGGUCAGGAGCUGCAGCUACAGCUUCCGCUCAAACUCCAGCGAUGACCUCUGAUGUUGGGCAAAGUACGUCUGCUCCUCAGCCAAUCGUUCCGCCCACGGGCACUGGUAAUCCCUAUGAUGCCAGGGAGGAAGCUGAAAUCGCCAGAGAUGCACCGCCCGCAUCGAGCGCAGCGCCUCCUGCAGCAGAGAUCGCCCCUCCCUCAACAGAGGCAGUCGCGCCCAAGAACGAAUCGGUCCUCAGCCCAGUCGACGUACGAGGCCAAGCAAUCGACCAAGUCGCCGUCCCCGUCUCUUCCACUAGCAACGCAGCACCAACGUCAGCUGAUGCUCCUCGACCAGCUGAGCCUGUCGCGCCAGUGCAGAGCUCGAUCGCAGAACCGGCAUCACAGGUCGGCGUCGAUGAUCAGGCCAAGCCUGCCGAUACUUCACUCAAUGGCGAGACUAAACCAGAAGAGGCGACUACGCAAGACGCAGUAAUGGCUGAUGGGACCGUUUCUUCUUCGGUCGCCCCCGCCGUUGCCGGUAUGGGUGGUGCUCCAACUUCCGAGGAGCCGCCUAUGAAGAAGCUCAAGACAUCGCCUGGUCCCAGUGCUACUCCCUCCGCACCUGCCGCCGCGACGCCAGCGGGGGCUGCGGCUGCACCUCCAGCUCCCGCCAUAGCGGCCCCUCCUGCGCACGCAGAAGGCUCGCAGCUCGGAGCGGUUACCGCCGAUCCCUCCACGAUCGGCAUGACGCAAGCGCAAAUCAAGUUCGCCCAGAACAGCGUCAAAUCGCUCAAGCAGCGUCCCGAAGCUCCCGCUUUCCUGCAGCCCGUCGAUCCGGUGGCUCUCAACAUCCCGCAGUAUCGUCAAAUCAUCGAGAAGCCCAUGGACCUGGGCACCAUCGACGUUAAACUCGCCAUGACGGCUUCGGCGCUCAAGGGCGGCAAGCCAACGGAGAAGACCAAGACGGCUGAGCAGCUCGGGCUUGACCUGUCGCGCGAUGUGUACAAGAGCGUGCAGGAGUGGGAGAGCGAUGUGCGACUGGUCUUUGCCAACUGCAUCCGGUUCAACGGGCCGGACCACGCCAUCUCGCAGGGAGCCAAGGCUCUCGACGCCGUCUUUGCGAAACAGCUCAACUCGAUGCCGGUCGAGGGCGCCGCUGACUCGGCCGUAGCUGGCGCGACCGGUUCCACCGCUGCUGCUGGCUCGAGCGCCGCCGUCCGUCGCCCCUCGAAUCCGGUCCCGACAAUUCGUCGCUCCUCGUCAGACAAUGCUGCAGGCCGUCCGAAGCGAGAAAUCCACCCUCCUCCCCCGCGCGAUCUGCAUUACGAGGAGCCCGCCUCUUCUGGCCGCAAGCGCAAGAACAGCAAGGCCAUGACGCCUAAGCAGGCGGCGUACUGGGCGAAAGUCAACGCCGAUGAGCUCAAGUUCUGCCUCAAGCUCACUGAAGACCUCUCCAAGACGUACUACGAACUCUCGUGGGUCUUCAUUGACUUGCCCGAUCGUAGUCUCGCCUUUGCGCCCGCCUACUACGCUACGAUCAAGCAGCCCAUUUCGCUGAGUAUGAUUGCGGACAAGAUCAAGAAGCGAGACUACGAGGACAAGGACGAGUUUGUGGCCGACAUGCGCCUGCUCUUCCAGAACUGCUACACGUUCAACCCACCAGAAGAGGACGUGCACAAGAUGGGACAAAAGCUCGAGGGGAUCUUCAACGAGAAAAUGCGCAAGCUGCCGAAGCCUAAGGCGAUGACUCCUGAGCUGGCCAUGGACGAGGACGAGGACGGGGACGGGGAGGAGGACUUUGAGGAGGAGGACAGGUUGCGCGCGGAGAAGAUUCGUGAGCUUGAGGAGCAGCUGGCCGAGCUCAAGCGUCAGGCGAAAGCGGCCAAGCAGCGACAGGCAGGCAAAAAGAAGCCUCGUGCCAGUGGCGCUGCGGGUGGCAGCAGCAAGAAGGCGGCCUCCUCAAAGAAGAGCGCUGGAGGAGCAUCGACGGACGCAGCGCCGAAAAAGUCCAAGUCAAAGAAGACCAAGGGCGGAGACGAUGGGUCCGAAGACGACGAGGACGUCCGCUCGGUCAGCUGGGAGCAGAAAGAGGAGCUCGCCCGCAAGAUCACCCAACUCUCCGAUGAGCGCCUUGAUGGUGCCCUUCAGAUCAUCAGCGAAGACAAGCCGCCCAACGCCAAUGACGACGAAGAAAUCGAGCUCGACAUUGAGGACCUCUCCCCUCGCACCCUGUACAAGCUCUAUCGCUAUGUGGUCAAGCCCAAGAAGAAGCCUGGGCCUAAGCCUGGCACGGCGAAGGCCAGUGGGAGCGGGAAGGCCGGCAAGCAGGCGACGGGAGGCAAGAAGAGGAAGAAUCUGGAUGAGGAGGAAGAGGCUGCGAGGAUUGCGAGGCUGCAAGAGCAGCUGCAGAGCUUCGAUCGCGCGCCUGAUGGGCAGGGAAUGGCUAUGGCUGGGCCUAGCGCUGGGGCUGCAGCCGGGCAUGAUGAUCUGGUGCAGUCGGAGAGCUCGUCGGGCGAGGAAGACUCAGAUGCGUCCGACAGUGAUUACUGAAUGGGAGAGGCGUCAACGGAAGCGAUCACCACCACCACAACCUAAUCUGGCAAUGAAGGGCUUCGCUAGUCUAGCCUCAUCAUCAUCACCUUCCACUCCACCUCAGUCUCAGUCCACAGAAAACGAAGCGCCUCGCGUCUUGCGAAAUAGCUCGCAGCUCGUGUUGUUCGUCAAUCUGUCCAGCUCGCUCGCAGAGCCAUCAACCUCUCCACUCGUUCUCUCUUUCAAUUCAAAAUCUAUUCGAUCUCCACACGACCUUUGCUGUGCGAUCUUUUGAUGCUGUGUCUAUGCCUUAAAGUCGACCUUCUGCCCCAGGCUCUCCAACUUCUUCUUGGUCGCAGUCGGGAUCGGACAGGCGUCUACCUGAGCUGAGGUACCCUUGGUCGCGUAGAAUUUGUUGCAGCACCGGUAGAGGUCGACGAGGAUGUUUUGGCACUUAUCGUGCUGUGUGGGAUACUUGUUGAGACACUCUUGGAGGU